CAGCCAGUCCUCAGUCAACUAGGCAUGAACCAAUCAGGCACGAACCAAUCAAGCUUACCAGACAUGAAUCAACCAGGCAUGAGCCAGUCAGGAAUGAGCUUAUUUGGUAUAUACCAACUGGACAUAAGCCAACGGAACACAAGUUUACUUGACAUGAACCAACUGAGCAUGAAACAACCAGGUAUGAGCCAACCAGGGGUGAGGCAAGGAGGCACAUGCCACCUAGGCCUGAGAAAACCAGGCCCAAGCCAGUCAGGCACAAGUCAAUCAGGUAUGAGGCAAACAGAUCUGAGCCAAUUCAGCAUAAGUCAACCAGGCCCAAGCCAACCAGGCAUGAAGCUACCAUGCUCAAGCCAAUUCAGCACAAGUCAACUAAGCCUGAGGCAAUCAGGCCCAAGUCAAACAGGCAUGAGGCAACCAGGCCUGAGCCAAUUCAGAAUGAAUCAACCAGGAAUGAGGCAACCAGGCUGGAGUCAAUCAGGUACAAGUCAAGCAGGAACAAGCAAAGCAGGCAUGAACAAACCAGGCCCAAGCCAACCAGGCAUAAGCCAACCAGGAAGGAGCCAAUCAGGCAUGAGGCAACCAAGAAUGAAUUCUUUCCGAGUAAGACCUGCAGAGGCUCAUGAUUGCCCAGAAAUCCUGCACCUAAUUAAAGAAUUGGCUUCCUGUGAGAACAUGCUGGAUGCAGUGAAGUUAACAGUAACGAAUUUACUCGGGGAUGGCUUUGGGAACAAUCCCCUUUUCUAUUGCCUGAUUGCAGAAGUACACAACCAACAAAAACCAUCAGGCAAAAUGACUAUUGGAUUUGCCAUGUACUACUUUAUGUAUGACCCCUGGAUUGGCAAGUUACUUUACCUAGAGGACUUUUAUGUCAUACAAGCUUACCGAGGUCUAGGUAUUGGAGAAAUGCUGAAAAGGUUAAGUCAGAUAGCCAUCAGAAGCCAAUGUAACUGCAUGCACUUUCUUGUUGUCAUUUGGAACCAGGCUUCUAUUGACUACUACACUCAUCGAGGGGCUUUAGAUCUUUCCUCUGAGGAGGGGUGGCAUCUGUUCAGGUUUAACAGACAAGAACUCAUGGAUAUUGCAAAAGAAGAGUGAAAGAUGACUCAUUUCAACUAGUCCCAACAUGUGCUCCAACAGUUGAAUGUCACCUGAGUCCAACAGCAGUUUGACUUUGAGUGUUGUACAAUACAGCAAGUGAUCAAACUCUGG